UCACGCGAGGUACUCGACAGUCCAGCCGUCUCUUUCCACCCGAAUGCCACCACCAGAAGAAAGCGACCAUCUGAAUUGAUAGUCCCGUGCACCACCAAAAGAUGAGACGUGAACUUUAAAAACGAGAAAAGUCUCUCUUCCGCAACCACGGAGAAGGGAAACUCCGGAAACUCCAACCGCCUUUUAAAUCGCUUCCCUUCCCCUUCCCCUUCCCCUUCCCCACUCGUCAGAUCUUAGCCAUCCAUUCCCCGCCGGCGCAUUCGUCGCUUCCGUGUCGCAGCGUUCGUCUCGGUAUUCCCAUCUCCUCCGCACAUCUGUAUCUGAUAAAAAUACGUAAUACACACGCUGAUACGUACACGCAGACCCGUAUACAUACGCCACUCUCCUCGUCCACCCUUCACUCUCAAAAUCCCCGCCGAUUUCCCCUCCAUCUCUCUAAAUGCCACCGUCCUCAUUUCUUUCAGUGCUUGUCACCCCUACCGAAAUUCCGUGAUCCGAUCCAUCCCCACGGCCAUGAUCUGAUCCGUCCAUCACUCCAAUUUCAUGCAUCCCUUCUGCUGUGGAUCAACGGUCCCCGUCGGACGGAACCCUGCCUCGUCGUCCCCGCUAAAGGAAUUCCUCGAAAUGCCCCCGCCACCUCACCCUUCCUCCACCGUCCGAUCCAAUUCCCUGCGCGCGCCGACAACCCGUCGUGACUCGAUCGAUCUCACCAACGGUCACUCCCGUUCCCGCCCGCCUAACCUCCUCAGGUCCCGGUCGCUCACCGCGCCUCGUGAUCCGUCCCCGGUCCUGCUCGGGGACCACCGCGAAGUCGUGAAGUUGAAUGAUGUCGUUGGGAACGGGAUCUCAGGAAUUCUCUAUAAGUGGGUGAAUUAUGGGAAAGGGUGGCGGCCGCGGUGGUUCGUGCUGCAGGACGGCGUCCUCUCGUACUACAAGAUUCAUGGCCCGGACAAGAUCGAGGUUAAUCAAGAAACAGAGAAGGGAUCGAAGGUGAUUGGGGAGGAGUCCCUCAAGCGAAUCUGCCGUCGCAAGAACAGGCAAUCCCAGUUGCACCGCAAACCCUUUGGCGAGGUCCAUCUCAAGGUGUCGUCAAUCAGGGAGAGCAGAUCGGAUGACAAGCGGUUCUCAAUUUUCACUGGGACCAAGCGGCUCCACCUCCGGGCUGACACGCGGGAAGACCGGGCCGCAUGGAUGGAUGCGCUCCAGGCAGUGAAGGACAUGUUCCCACGGAUGUCGAACAGUGAACUGAUGGCUCCCGUCGAUAGCUUUGUGGUAUCGACGGAGAAGCUGAGGCAGCGGUUGCUGGAGGAGGGGGUGAGCGAGGCAGCAAUCCAGGACAGUGAACAGAUCAUGAGGAAUGAGUUUGCAGCACUGCAGAACCAACUGGUGCUCCUCAAGCAGAAGCAGUCUCUGCUUAUUGACACCCUGAGGCAGCUCGAGACAGAAAAAGUUGAUUUGGAGAAUACACUUGUUGAUGAGAGCCAAAGGCAGACAAAGGAGUAUGGAACUGCUUAUAUUCCAAGAAAUGACAAAUACAGUGAAGGAAGUCCAACAGAAUCUGAUGAUGACAACGAAAGAAAUGAUGCUGCAGAGGAAGAAACAGAUGAUGAUGACAACACAUUUUUUGAUACACGGGAUUUUCUGUCAUCAAGUUCUUUCAAAAGCAGUGGAUCUGAUUUCCGAAGAUCAUCAUUUGAUUCAGAUGAUGAAGAGCUUUAUGCUAUUGGUUUUGAGAAUGGUGGUGAUGCUUCUAUAAGAUCUGUGGGAUUUAACUAUCCUCAUGUUAGGCGGCGUAAAAAGUUGCCUGAUCCAAUUGAAAAAGAAAAGGGAGUCAGCCUCUGGUCAAUGAUAAAGGAUAACAUUGGGAAGGAUCUGACCAAAGUUUGUCUUCCUGUUUACUUUAACGAGCCCCUGUCUUCUUUACAGAAAUGUUUUGAAGAUUUGGAGUACUCCUUCCUUAUCGACCGGGCCUAUGAAUGGGGUAAAAGGGGUAAUAGCCUUAUGAGGAUUCUUAAUGUUGCUGCAUUUGCUGUAUCGGGAUAUGCUUCCACUGAAGGAAGAAACUGCAAGCCAUUUAAUCCACUUUUGGGGGAGACAUAUGAGGCUGACUAUCCAGACAAAGGCAUCCGUUUUUUCUCAGAGAAGGUCAGUCAUCAUCCAAUGAUUGUUGCAUGCCACUGUGAAGGUAGAGGAUGGAAAUUUUGGGGAGACAGUAAUCUGAAAAGCAAAUUUUGGGGUCGUUCAAUCCAGCUUGAUCCUGUUGGUCUUCUAACCCUCGAGUUUGAUGAUGGUGAAGUUUUUCAGUGGAGCAAGGUCACCACUUCCAUUUACAACCUUAUUCUGGGAAAGCUCUACUGCGAUCACUAUGGUACCAUGCGAAUAGAAGGAAAUUCUGAAUAUUCGUGUAAGCUAAAAUUCAAGGAGCAGUCGAUCAUAGACCGAAAUCCUCACCAGGUUCAAGGUAUAGUACAAGACAGGAGUGGGAAAACGGUGGCCACAUUAUUUGGGAAAUGGGAUGAGAGCAUGCAUUAUGUGUUAGGCGACUGUUCUGCAAAGGGCAAAGGAUCAGAACCGUUGUCUGAGGCCUGUAUGCUGUGGAAAAGGAGCAAGCCAUCUUUAUUUCCCACUAGAUAUAACUUGACUCGCUUUGCAAUUACCCUGAAUGAGCUCACCCUCGGGUUGAAGGAAAAGUUGCCUCCCACUGAUUCAAGGCUGAGACCUGAUCAGAGGUGCCUGGAGAAUGGGGAGUAUGAAAUGGCCAAUGCAGAGAAGCUGCGGCUAGAGCAGAGGCAACGGCAGUCACGGAAGAUGCAAGAGCGUGGAUGGAAGCCGCAUUGGUUUGCAAAGGAUAAAGGAAGCGAUACAUACCGGUAUGUGGGCGGAUAUUGGGAGGCCAGGGAACAAGGCAAAUGGGACUUAUGUCCUGAUAUAUUCGGCCAACUCUCCACUGAUCAAAUGUUCGACUGAGAGAUGAAUGAUGCACAAAAGCAAGAGUCUGCUCCCAAUUUCACCCCUUACAUUUUUUUUUUUUUACCCAAUUUUCAAAUCUUCUUUUCGUUUCUUUUUUCAUUUUCGGGAUCUUGUGAUUCCAUUAGCAUUGCUCGCCAUUUUCGAGCUGUUAAGGUGUGUGCCCAAAUGGCAUGUAAAACUCAAAAAGGUAUCUUAGGCAGGCAAUAAAAGUGGUUCUCAUCUCA